AUGCCGUCCAGUCAUGGACGCGCCCAAAUCGUUACCGAGCCUCGCAUCGCCAACCUGAAGCUCCUCACCUACACUUGCGCUCCUUUCCUUCUUUACCUCUCCAUGUCCUUUCUCACAAAGUUCUUCCGGCCAUUCACAACCAGCAUGUCCUCCGCGCCCGCACAACCGAUGAACGUGCCCGAGGGCGCAAAAGCGGCGACCGUCGCCGCUGGAUGCUUCUGGGGCGUUGAGCACAUGUACAGGCGCGAGUUUGGCAAGAAGGGCCUGUACGAUGCGCGCGUUGGGUACAUUGGCGGCGACACACAGAACCCCGGGUACCGCGCUGUCUGCAGUGGACGAACCGGCCACGCCGAAGCCCUCCAAGUAGUCUACGACCCCGCCAAGAUCGAGUACAGCUCGCUCCUCGAAUUCUUCUACAAGAUGCACGACCCCACGACCGAGAACCGCCAGGGCCCAGACGUCGGCACCCAGUACCGCAGCGCCAUCUUCUACCACGACGCCGAGCAGGAGAAGGUCGCCAAGGAGAUUACCAAGAAGGUCAACGAGCAGUGGUGGAAGGGCGCCGUCAGCACAGAGGUCCUGCCUGCGGGCGAGUGGUGGGAUGCCGAGGCGUACCACCAGAAGUACCUUGACGUGAACCCAGGCGGAUACGAGUGCCCGAGCCAUUUCUUGAGGAGCUUCCCUCCGCUGUCGUAA